AUGAAUAUUUAAAUAUAUAACCUUCUAAUGUUUAAAUUGCUAUAGUAAAUUCUUGCUAAUAACUUUAAUUGUUCAGCUUUUGGUUUGAAAAACUUAAACUUUAUUUAAAAAAUCAAAAUAAUAACUUUAUUUCAAGUAUUUUUUUUUUCAUAUAUUUUUAUUUUUAUUUUUUUAAAAGAUGAUUAAAUAAAUUUACUUUUGAAAAAAAAUAUUCAAUGUUUUUCAAAAUUACAAAAUUAUUUGAAUUCUAAUAUAUUAAAGGAAUACAUUUAAUUAGAAAAAAAUAAUAUUAUACACUAGGUUUUGAGAUAAGUACUUGUUUUUAUUUGCUUUUCUUUGAAUUUUUUAAAAGAAAGGAAUAUAUAAGUGCUUGAUUCUAUAAUAGAUGAAUUAAUUAUUUUAAUUUUUAAUUUUUUUAAUAUUUCAUAUGAAGAUAAUUUAUUAAAUUAAACUAGUAAAUAAAUAAAAUCAAAUAAUUUAUGGACACCAAUAAUGAGAUGUUUAGAGCUUUAUUUUUAAUUUAAAAAGAUAAUUUCAUCAAAAGUUGUCUAGAAUUAAAAAUAAAGAAUAAUUUAUAUAUAAAAGAAGAAAAUAGAUUCCAUUAAUAUAUUACAUUAGAUGAUUUUUCUACCAAAUAUAUGCAAAAAGACAUGUUAGAAAAUGGAAAAAGCCUAACUGAAGUAAUACAAGUACUUUUUGAAGGAAUUGAAUAUUUCCAAGAAGAAGAACCUGUCGACGAAUAUGAAAGAGAAGCUGAAAUAUUACCUGAAUUAAUAAAAGAUGAGGAAGAAAAUAAAGAAGGGGAGAAUAAAGAAGGAGAAAACAAAGAUGGAGAAGAUGAAAAUUAAUAAUAAUAAUAAUAGCCUCCUGAAGAUGAAGAAUAAUAAUAAAAUUAACCAACUCAAAAUGAAGAAGAAUAAGUUAUUCCAGAAAAAAAAGAAGGAGAAGAAGAAGAAGAAUAGGAAGAAGAAAAUCAUUAAGAAAAUUCUGGUGAAUAAUAAUAAUCUUAAGGAAAUCAAACAAAUGAAAAUUAAGAAGGACAGGAAGAAGAUUAAUUAAAUGAAGAAGAAUAAGAUUAAUAAUAAGAAAUAAUAUAAUAAGAAUUAUUAAAUUAAGAAUAAUAAUAAUAAUAAAAAGAAGAAUAAGAAUAAGAAAAAGAGGAAAUAAUAAUAAUAAGAGAAAAACAUAAAAAAUUAAAAUUAAAAAACCAUGAAAAUAUAAAUAUAUAAUCUUCCAAAAUUAUUAAACUGA